AUGUCAGAUCAGUCGAGAUUAGAGCUCAUCAAUGCAAAUCCAAUAGGAAAUGCAUUUGAUCCCUUUCGCGUCUUGUUUACCUCGACUUGCACGAGCAGAAAUCUCACGUCUACCGCAGACACACUCCAUCAGCUUGAUUCCAAAGACUCGGGUUCGCGUCAUUCAGCACCUAGGAGUACCACACUCCGCUCAGACCUUCGCUGGCUUAUUAAUGCCAUCAACUCGGAUAGCUUUGACUUUGACCGUAUCAAGCCACUUCUCGAGAUAGCAAUCUCCGAUAAUACUCAAGAUGCACAGAUCUGGGACUUUAUAUCUGCCGCAGCCGCCGAAUCCACCCCUUCUCCCCGACCGAUAGCAUCUUUCCUUCAACAAACCCCACUAAAACAAACUACGAGCAGUCUCGUGAACUCGUCAGAAUGCCGCAAGAAUAUAGAUCCAGUCCUUAAACUGGAACUUGAACGUUUACAAGUGGGACUUCCGAAUUUCCAUGAGUCCUUUUUUGGGGAUAUCCCAGAACUUAACGUGGUUUCUGAGGCGGUCUUUCGCAAGUGUACCGAAGGCAACAGUCCACUUUUCAAGGAGGGUUGGAGUGGAUGGCCAGCGGGCGCUAAAGAGAGCGACGUGCUGACUUGGAUUGGCGGCUUGAUCCCGCAGCUGGAAGCAUUUACAGACUACCGUAUUCCGACUCUAGCGAGACGAAGGCUGUUAGCCCAGCCACAGACACCAAUAGAAGGCUCUAUAGGCAAGCGUAAGAUGGAUAUCGGCUUUGUGGACAACGACGUUAUAUAUCAACCUCAUACUACGAAUUCAAGAUAUCACUGGGCACACGUCCUCGUUGUCGGCGAACUAAAAAGUAACCCAAAUGACGACACAGCAUCGGCUGCAUGGGCUGAUGUUGCAAGGUAUGCAAGAGAGGUGCUCGCUGCUCAAGAUACACGUCGCUUCGUCUUAGGAUUUACUCUAUGUGGGUCUCUUAUGAGGGUAUGGGAGUUUGACAGGCUUGGGGGGAUCGCCUCCGAACAAUUCGAUAUCAAUGACGAGGAAGGUGGGCUACAAUUUGUGGCCACAAUUCUAGGGUUUCUACGAAUGAACGAGGAGAUGCUUGGAUUUGAUCCUACUAUAAUAACAACCGGCGGCCAGAAAUAUAUUAAGAUCGAACGAAACGGCCAGAUAGAAUGUCUUAUUAUCGACGAGGUUAUACAGCGCGCACGAUGCAUUGCAGGCCGAGCGACAACGUGUUGGAAAGCUCAUCACAACGAUAAUCCACGUCAUCCACUUGUUAUUAAGGACUCGUGGCAGUACGUUGACCGGGACGAAGAGGGCGAACUGCUCCAGAAAGCAACUGAGAAAGGCGUUACUAACGUUGCCCGAUAUUACCACCAUGAGACUGUUCGUAUCCGCCGUAUAGAUGAUGAUAUUCAAAAUAAUGUCCGAAAAGGGCUAAACGUCACCAAAGCUACGAGUUCCGAGCCAAAACGAACAUCACUAUCGAACGUGGGCGGAACUAUGUCUAGAAUAUCACGCAAAGGGCGUAGUAGUAGUAGUUCGGGGGUGAAACGACUAUCAAGCGAAACGGACGCCGCUAUGCCUCCAAGCAAACGAUCCUGUUCAGCGUCCCUAAUAGAACCCAGCCUAGACGUAUCAUUAAAUCGGAUACAUCGACGCGUCAUUCUUCAAGACUAUGGGGAACCGAUCUACAAGGCAAGCUCCCACUCAGCCCUGCUUAAUGCGCUCGCGAGCUGCAUUGAAGGUCAUGAUUCCUUACGCAAGGCUGGCUUCCUCCACAGAGACAUCUCCAUCAAUAAUCUUAGGGUAAAUGAGGACCAGGCAAACCCUUCAUGGCCGGCUUUCUUGAUCGACCUUGACCUCGCCGUUAGGCUAGACCGGGAAGUCGCGUCAGGGGCUAAAGGGAAAACAGGCACGAGAGCGUUCAUGGCUAUAGGGGUGUUACUUGGUGAACAGCAUUCUUUUAUGCACGACCUUGAAUCGUUCUUCUGGGUACUGUUUUGGAUAUGUGUCCACUACAAUGGGCCUCAAAAGGAACGAGUUGUUGAAGAAUUUGACGCGUGGAACUAUGACAAUACAGAGCGGGUUGCCGGUUUGAAAAAAGGGAUUGUUGUCGAGGAGGAAGAUUUCCUUAGAACUGCGAAGGAAAACUUCACUGAAUAUUAUCAACCGUUGAUUAGAAGAGUCAAUCGAUUGAGACGGAAGGUAUUUCCACACGGACUGAGGUGGAAGACGCCGAAUUCCGAGUUGUAUCGUUGGAUGAGGGAUAUCCUUCACGAAGUUGAGGCAGACUAG